UGCGAUUCGAUAGAGUAAAUCCUUUCGGGGGGGACAGAAGCGCUCUCCGGGUAGCUCCUCAAACGUCACAUUUUUCAUCACAAAGUGAUAUUGCUCCGCUGUUUGUAUGCGAAUAACGGACUACAAUAUCUAAGAUUUUUCUCUUAUAGACUGGUUUGAAGGGGUGACUGCAGUGCACCGGUGCUUCCGGGCCUUUCAGACCGUGCAACCCAUCGGGAUGCAGAUUCCACCACGUCUCCCUCGCACGCCAGAGAAAGUUGCAGCAUUUUUAAGAAUAAAGCUGCUAAAUUGCUGAGCCUAAUCAAGCGAGAUGAGGCAUUUUCAACUGACGUGGCAGAGCAUCACCGUGUGGGCGUGGCUUAGCAUUGUCAACAUCCUGGUGACAUAACUGGUCUUGUCCAAAAUGGCGACGGCGGAGCAGAGGGAAGCGGGUCAGGACGACCCAGAGAGUGAGGAUGAGGUCUACGAGGUGGUGGACCUGACGGAGUACGCCCGGAGGCACCAGUGGUGGAGCAGGGUGUUCGGGAGCAACUCGGGCCCGAUCGCCGAGAAGUACUCCGUGGCCACGCAGCUCAUGAUGGGCGGGGUGACCGGGUGGUGUGCUGGUUACGUCUUCCAGAGGGUUGGGAAGAUAGCAGCCACCGCUAUUGGUGGAGGCUUCCUUCUUUUACAGUUCGCCAACCACAGCGGCUACGUGCAGGUGGACUGGAAGAAGGUGGAAAAGGACGUGAAUAAAGCGAAGAAGCACCUGAAGAAGAAAGCGAACAAAGCAGCCCCUGAAAUAAACACAUACAUUGAGGAGGUAAAGGCCACAGAUUUCAUCAAGAGGAACAUCGUCGUGUCCAGCGGGUUCGUCGGCGGCUUCUUCCUGGGCUUGGCCUCCUGAAGCUGCCGCACCCCCGGCGCAUGCAGUCUCCUCUUACUGUGAAUCACACCACCACGUCGGUCCCGUCCCUCUCCUCUCACCUCCCCUCCUCUCACGGCCCCCGUGUGUCUGUGGCUUCAUUUGACGAAGUGAGCGGGGGGGUUCACGUUCGGGACUAAGGCAUGAUCUGUUGUGACAGUGAUUAUUAACCGUGUUAACAUUAUUCUACUCCACCUCCCCCCCGCGUUGAAAAUCGAUCAUUAUUUCCAUUCGAGUGCACAUUGUGGAAGAGUGUGUGGUUUGGUGGUUGGGGAGUUAACCUGGAACGUACUGUGAAGAUCUGAGGGACUCGAUGGCUACGUUUACAUGGACGCAAAUAGAAGAAAAACAGCUUGAUCUGAACAGACUAGUCUUAUUGGAUGGAACUUUUGUCUCAGAUUGAGAUCUAAUGAAAUAUACUCAAUCUGGUUGUUCCUCUUCGCGUAUGUUGAGGAAAUGGGAUAGGAUCACGGUGGUAAAACUAGAGUUUGGGGACAGAAAAACAUUUUUAUCGGCUUCCAUAUAAACAGUUUUAUCAGAGCGAUUGCAGUCAGGCUGGAGAAAUACCGUCCAGGUAAACGUAGCCACUCCGAGUCCUUUUCAGUCGCCAAAUAUGUCAAGCUGCCACAAGUUAGCGCAGACUCCUCUCCGCUUUCUCCGAAGCCUGGAUCGUCCCGAGCGCGUAGCUGCUGGAUCCGAGUGGAAAGAUGGUGCGGGCGCAAACCGUUGUAAAUAUAUUUAUCCAACUCCCUUUACAGAGCUGUAAAUACACACAAGAGUAAAUAUAAUAGAAACAACAAGAGAGCGGGACGUUAACGCCGCUGCCUCCCUCCCCCGGUCUAGUGCCGGGAGGUGUUUCUUUUUGUGCAGCUGUGGAGUUAGUUUGGGUUUCCUCCAGUACUGAUUGAUAGCCAUCUCAUGAUCAAGUUAAUGUUAAAUCUGAAUAUAUUUUAUGCUUCACAACGAGUGCUAUAUAAAGAUCCUUUAUCCUCACGAUCCCCAGCUCCACAAUGCGCUUUAAUGGCAGGACAAGCAUCUGCUCCACACUAAUUACCAUCAUCACGCCAGUAAAACGCCAUCAAAGAGCAUAAUGGAGCCGCCGCGAUCGCGACUCCUACACCCUCACUAUUGUCACCGCGCGUUUAAUAGUGUCAGUGCAGCGAUAAGAAAACAGCAGCGCCGCAGCGGCAUCUUUAAUUACAUACGUAGGACUUCACACGUUGCUUACUUUUGUUUGCCUUUUUUUUUUUUCUAUCGGUGCAAUAUGCAGAAAUGUUUUCGAGCGUGACGUUUUCUUUUAGGACCUCGUCUCCGGCCGUUGUUUUGUACUCAUGUUUGUUUUGAUAAGCUUGUUUCGAGCUGUUGGAUAUUGUGUCUUUUUGCAAUAAAGUUGCCUGAUUUUGUUUCGAGUAA